GCAACUCGGCAACGGACCAAGAUGGCGGCGCCCAGCGAGGGGCCAGUAUUUGCUGUGGGGGUUGAAAAGAAUUGGGGUGCGGUUGUUCGCUCCCCAGAAGGGACUCCCCAGAAAGUCCGGCAGCUGAUAGAUGAGGGGAUUGCCCUGGAAGAGGGAGGCACUGAAACGAAGGAGACCUCUGCCACAUUCCAGUCAGUUAAUGGAUCACCUGAAGCAGAACAACCUCCACUGGAAUCUACAAGCAAAGAAGCCUUCUUUAGCAGAGUGGAAACAUUUUCUUCUUUGAAAUGGGCAGGCAAGCCCCCCGAGCUGUCUCCACUUGUCUGUGCGAAGUACGGCUGGGUCACCGUGGAGUGCGACAUGCUCAAGUGCUCCAGCUGUCAAGCUUUUCUCUGUGCCAGUUUGCAGCCAGCGUUCGAUUUCGACAGAUACAAGGACCGAUGUGCGGAGCUGAAGAGAGCCUUGUGCACAGCCCACGAGAAGUUCUGUUUCUGGCCAGACAGCCCCUCUCCAGCUGACUUCCCCACAGAUCGAUUCAGGAUGUUGCCCUUGAACGAGCCCGCCGUCGUCCUUACUGAGUUCCUGGAUCGCUUUCAGAGCCUGUGUCACCUGGACCUGCAGCUUCCUUGCCUGAGGCCAGAGGACUUGAAGACCAUGUGCUUUACAGAAGACAAGAUUAGUCUUCUCCUGAACCUGCUUGAAGAUGAACUUGAUCACCGAACUGACGAGAGAAAAACUGCCACCAAAUUAGGCUCUGACAUCCAAGUCCAUGUCACUGCCUGUAUUCUCUCUGUGUGCGGCUGGGCAUGCAGCUCUUCCUUGGAACCCACGCAGCUCUCCCUAAUCACGUGUUCGCACUGUAUGAGGAAGGUGGGGCUCUGGGGCUUCCAGCAGAUCGAGUCGUCUGCAAACGACCUGGACUCGUCCUUUGUCCUGACCAGUUCCCCCGUCCCAGGCCCUGAGGGGCGCCCGGAGCGCCUGCUCCUAGUGCCCGAGUCUCCUCGGAGGAUGAUGACUCGGAGCCAGGACACCACGUUCUCCCCAGGCUCGGAGCAGGCCGAGCGCAGCCCAGGCCCCAUCUUCUCCCGAACUCGGAGCUGGGACUCUUCCAGUCCUGUUGACCGCACUGAGCCCGAGGCUGCCAGCCCCACCACCAGGACCCGCCCGGUGACCCGGAGCAUGGGAACAGGAGACAGCUCUGGCCUGGAAGUGCCAUCCAGUCCUGUCCGGAGAGCCAAACGAGCUCGCCUCUGCUCUUCCAGCAGCUCGGACACGUCUCCCCGAAGCUUCUUUGACCCCACUUCUCAGCAUAGAGACUGGUGCCCUUGGGUGAACAUCACGCUUGGCAAGGAGACCAGGGAGAAUGGUGAAACGGAGGCAGAUGCCAGCAGCCCGGCAGAACCCGGCUGGAAGGCAGUGCUGAACGUCCUCCUGGCCCACAAGCAGUCUAGCCAGCCAGCUGAAACGGACUCCGUGAGUCUCUCUGAGAAAUCAAGGAAAGUGUUCCGGAUAUUCCGGCAGUGGGAAUCCUCGUGCUCAUCCUGAAGCUCCCCCAGCCCUUCCUGGAGGGAAGUGGAACGAGUGACUCUGACAAAUAAAGUCUGAAUUCCGUUUGAUCAGCUGAUGCUGUUUUCCUCCGUUCUGGUUUAGUGCGUGGGAGCUCCUGCCCUUUCAGUGGCAGUGAGUGUCACCAUCACCGUCGGCAUCUGACUGCGGGGACCUGUUUCCACCCAAGGGCCCGGGGAGGCACAGCCAGCCCGGCUCUGUGAGAGGAGCGUGAAUUGUGAGAAUAGACGGAGGACCCAGGACUUGAGCACUUUUAAGAAUUUUUUUUUACUCCUUACCCAAGAACAUUUUGCUAUUACUUUUAGAGAGAGAGAAUGGGAAAGACAGAAACACCAGUUGGUUGCCGCCCCCCAUGCACCUGGACUGGGAUCGAAUGUGCAGCCUGGGUAUGUGUCCUGACUGGGAAUUGAACCUGCAACCUUUCAGUUACAGGAUGACACUUCAAUCAACUGAGCCACACCAGCUAGGGCUUGAGCACUUUUAGUGUCUUUAGUGUAGGGUAGUUCUUUAAGGACUCUUCCAUCCCAAGAACAUGCCAGAAUGUAUUAAUAAAAUUUUUGUUAAAA